AAUAACAACAACAACGAAAAAAAUUAAAAAAAAAACACAAUUUUAUACAAAGAAUGACACCAGACCAGAUCAGGCAACGUAAACGUCACAUUCAUUUAAAAAAAAAGACACAAUAAAACAAUAACAAAGCAGAAGAUUCACAGGGAAGACGAGGUAAAGACGUGUUACUUGUAGAGUGAAUGAGCGAGUGACUGACUAAGUAUAUACAAUUCAUAAAUGCAAUCAGUUUAUUCCUGCAACUUGAUUUCGUUACAAGAGAACAACUUACAACAACAAAAAGCAUUGAAAAAUAAACAACUAAGAUAUUGUAGCAACAUCUAGCUGAUGGCAACAAAGAAAACCAACAGACAUUCUCAACUCAUCUUCUCAAAACAAACUAAGAAACCAACAAGCAACCAACAACAUGUUGUCUUGUUGCUGGCUGGCUGCUGUUGUUGAUCAACACAAGACAUUCAGUACGAAUUUAGCAAGUGAUCAAAGUCAAUUUGGUUUGGUUCCCUAAGUGUUGUGGCAAAAUCUUUUUCAUUCUACUUUAUGGCUAAAAAAAAUUUAAGCGCCAUAAAAAAAGAAUUCUUAAAAUAAAACAACAAUUCCUUUAAAUAUAAUUUUUAUACAUAUAUGAUUUAUUUAAAAAUUAAGAAAAUUUAAAAAAAAAUCACGGUUUGAUAAUAAAGUGACUUUUGAAAAAAAAAAAAAAUAAAAUAAAAAAUAUUUUGAGGUGUUAAAAAUAAAAAUUAUUUAAUCAUUUGAACGGACAUUGAACUUGUGAUUUGAUGAAUUAAAAUAUGAAAUUUUCGAAUUUUCCCACAAAUAAAUUUUAUUCACUUUCAAAUAUUUUCUUGCCAUAGUGAAAAGUGAUGUUAAGGCUCAGUUUGUGAAAGGUGGAAAUUUGUAUGAUUGAUAAGUGUUUUUCAACAGAAAAAAAUAUAUUAAUAAAAAAUCUAUUAAAAAUUUACACAAAGAAAAUAUUCUUAUAAUAAUUAUAACAAAAGCAAUUGUUAUAAAAAGUGUGCAAAUUAUAAAAAGAAAAUAAUAAAGUUCAUGUAGAAGGUUAAAAAAUUAUAAAAAAGUUAAAAAAAUUUAGAAAAAUGACUAAAAUAAAGUUUAAUAAAUUUAAGGAUGCUGCACUUAAGCAUAAAUCCUUCAACAAAAAUUAUGGAUAUAAAUCGCCCAAGGAAUUAACAAAGCUCGUUUUAAAGAAAACUUGUGAAUGGUGGUUUUAUAAAAAUAAAUGCAGCAACAUGUCGACACAUUGGAAACAAAAUGCAUUUUUAAUACUUGCCACCUGCAUUUUAAUAUUUUUGGGUUUAAUCAUAUUUUUCUCGCUGCCCGUAAAUGAUUCAACGAAAUCUCAUCCACUAACAGAGUUACCAGCCAUACAAGCAACAAUUAACAAUAAUCAUCUUAGCCCUCAACAUAAUUGGACAACAAUAACAACGACAACAGCGAUAGCGCCGAUAAUAACAAGUAGUACGAGUAGUAGCGAUAAUAGAAAUAAUAUUAAUGACGAUCAUGAUUAUGGUGGGAAUAGUGAUGAUCGUCUAUUUGACAUCACUGAAAUCACUACCUAUACAAAUCAUACGUUUGAGGGCGAUGAUGACUGGAUUAUAGAAGAUGAUGAUAUUGAACAAGAUAUUGACGAUAUUAAUAAUAGUAUACCAGAAGAAUUAACCAGUGAUUUUGUUACACCGAUUAAAGUUCAUAAUUUUAGUUUAAAUGCCGAUGAUUUAUUAUAUGAAUCAAAAAGAAAUUUAAAUACUCCUAAUAAUAACAAUAAUGAUUAUUUUUCCGCAUUUAGUGUGACGGGGACAUUUCGUAGUAAAUCUAGUCAAAUCUGGGAUCCUCAUCCAGAGUAUAUAUUGAAUGCAUUUGGCCAUCAAUUGCAUUUAGUUCUACAUCAAGAUACCUCAUUUAUACCACCAAAAACAUUUAGGGUCAUUAACAUUUUAAAUAAUCAUACUGAAGAGGAAGAACCGGUCGGAGGACAUUAUUUAGGUUGUUACUAUAAAGGCUUUGUGGAAGGUGAUGAUCAGUCAGCAGUGGCCGUCUCACUAUGUCAUGGCAUGACUGGUUACAUUAAAACCAGUUUCGGCUCGCUGCUCAUACAACCGGUCAAUAAUCAAACAUACGAUUCAUUCAAUACCUCCGCAACAUCUGAGAUUUUACACAAAAUAUGGCGUCACUCAAGACGCAAUGCCAGACAUGCUGUCUCCGCUCUUGAACUCGAUUUAGAAGAAAUCGAACAGAGUCUCUUGCCCAAAUUGCAUCGUAAGAAACGAGACUACGAUCGCAAUCUAUUCACCAUUGAACUGUUGGUCGCUGUCGAUCGUACAAUGAAAGAAUUUCAUAAAGACGAUUUGACAUCGUACAUUUUGACCUUAAUAUCGAUUGUUUCGAAUAUAUUUGCCGAUGCGAGUAUUGGUAAUUCCAUUUAUAUUUCGGUUGCAAACAUUUUGGUCUUGAAUGAGUUUAAACGAUCGCGUAGAAGAAAUGGCCAAGCGACUGCCUCGCAGACAUUGAAAGAAUUUUGUUCGCAUGUGGAGAAACAUGGUUAUCAUUAUGAUACGGCAAUGUUAAUAACAAGAGAUCAAAUUUGUCGUAAAGAACGUGAAACCAAAUGUGAUACUUUAGGUUUAGCUGAAUUAGGUACUGUGUGCAAAAGAAAAUCAUGCUCCAUAGUGCAGGAUAAUGGUUUGCCAGCAGCCUUUACGAUAGCGCACGAAUUGGGUCAUAUAUUAAAUAUGCCUCAUGAUGAUGAUGAUCGUUGUAAACAAUUCAAUAAACCGGGAGUUAAAAGAAAACUUCACAUCAUGUCCAGUGUAAUGGGUGAUGAUAUACAUCCCUGGUCCUGGUCGGAUUGUUCGCGACAUUAUGUUUCAGAAUUUUUAGAAAAAGAAGAUGUCACCUGCCUCGAAGACACACCCACCAAAUUCAUACGCAACUAUAAUACCCGACUACCCGGUGAAAUCUAUUCUCUCGAUCAUCAAUGCAAACUAAUACAUGGCAAUCAAUCGCGCUAUUGUCACAUCGAAACCGAUUGCAAACGUUUGUGGUGUAAAGCUAAUGAUACAAAUGCCACUUGUCGUUCCAGUAAUUUACCCUGGGCUGAUGGUACACCAUGUAAUAAUAAUCGUUAUUGGUGUCAAAAAGGUGAAUGUUUGCCGCGUGAAGGUCAUGUUCGUAAAUUGGUUAAUGGUGGCUGGGGUCCUUGGAGUCCUUGGAGCCAGUGUAGUUUAACUUGUGGCGGUGGUGUACAGGAGAGUCGUAGAGAGUGCAAUAAUCCACUGCCCAAAAAUGGCGGUAAAUAUUGUACGGGUGCCCGCAAAAAAUAUCGUUCUUGUAAUACACACAAUUGUCCUCCCGGCUCGAUGGAUGCUCGAGAGCAGCAGUGUUACCAGAUGAACGGCAGAGAUUUUGGCAUUGGCGGCAUUGGACCGCAUACGAAGUGGAUACCUAAAUAUGGAUUGUCGUCCAACGAUAAAUGCAAUUUAUAUUGUCGUGUUGAAGGUAAUGCUGUCUAUUUUCGUCUCUCCGAGAAAGUCAUCGAUGGUACCACAUGUUCAUUCGAUAGCUUUGACAAAUGUGUCAAUGGUAUUUGCCGGCCGGCUGGCUGCGACAACGAACUCAAUUCUAUUGCAAAAUUAGAUAAGUGUGGCAUUUGUGAAGGACGUAAUGAUACAUGUGAAGAUUUUACCGGCAAUUUUUAUGUCUCCGAUUUGUAUAAAGUGCCCAAAUCUAAAACCUAUUAUUAUCAUGUCACCACGAUACCAAAAGGUGCCUCUAAUAUCGUGAUCGAACAGCCCGGUUAUCAUGAUGAAAACUAUAUCGUAUUACGUGAUGAUCAAGGCAAUUCGUUACUAAAUGGAGCCAAUAUUAUAACCGCCUUUCCCAAUGUAAGCUUUUAUGCAGGUGUAGCUUAUGACUAUAAUGGUUCUAAAAGUUUUGUAGAAAGGGUCAAUACCACCUAUACGAGAAAACUGAAACGUGAUAUGAUAGUAGAGAUCAUUUCCAUGAUCACAAGUUCACAAAAGGAUAAUGACACCUUACUGAUGACUUACUCCUAUACCAUCGAUAAAACGAAUUAUGUGGAGCCUGAAAUUGAAAUCUAUCGCUGGGAAAUGCAACAGUGGAGCACUUGUGAUGCUUUGUGUCAUGGCAGCAUGCAUCGUAUGCCGGUGUGUGUCAGCACUACACAAGCUCUUAAAGUAGCCCCACAAUUCUGUGAUAUACAUUCUAAACCACCCACUGAAUAUAGAGAUUGUAAUACCGAUUGUAUUUUAACUUUAAAUGUCACCAGUAUUUCGGAAUGUUCGGCUUCGUGUGGCAUGUUGGGUACUCGUGAAAAAACUCAUCACUGCAUACAAACAUUCCCCGAUAUGCAGCGUUCAAAUAUUGUUGAUUUGAAAUAUUGUAGUUCGAAAUUUGAAAUCAAAACCCAUGAGGAAUGUAGAGAAGGUUGUUGGAAGUAUACGGAUUGGAUGACGUGCUCCCGUUCUUGUGGUUAUGGAAUGCAGACUCGUAGUGUGGCCUGUUAUUUGAAUCAAACUUUUGUUAGAGAUGAAUAUUGUAAUUUGAAAAACAAAGCCAAUUAUCGAGAUACCACACGAGUCUGUAAUCUAGAGCCCUGUUCUUCCUUUACCUCUACCACCACCAGCACUACCGAAUUUCCUUUAAUGAAACCUGCACGUAAUAUACCCAACAACUGGUGGGCCCAUGAUUGGGGCAAAUGUGAUGACAAAUGUGAAAAGAAUCGUACGGUUAUUUGUCGUAGUCCCCAAGGUUAUGGUUGUCCUUUAGACAAGAAGCCCAUAAGCCGCAGAAAAUGUUGUACCAUUAAAUAUGUAUCCAAUUGGUCGAAUUGUUCCGUUCAAUGCGGCAAUGGCACUCGACGCAAGGAAAUGCAUUGUGCCCGUGUCUUUAAGCCAGAAAUUAAGGGCGCUCCCAAACGUCGGGAAUUUAUUGAUCCAUCUUAUUGUCGCCACUUAAAGAUGCCGAAACCCAAACGCAUGCACAAACCCUGUAAAGUCGGUUGCAAAUGGUCCGUUUCGAAUUGGACUCAAUGUCCGGCCGAUUGCAGUGAAGAGUAUCAAUCACGUUCCGUUUACUGUGAGUCCGUCUUGGGUAAUCCCAUCAAUCAUACCUACUGUGAUGCAGCGAAUAAGCCGCCCGUCAAAAAGAUUUGCAAUAAUUGCGUUAAACGCGAAUAUAAAAUUAUGUCCAGUUGCAACUGUGAAGGUUAUCGACGACGACGUAUGCUAUGCUACGAUUCUAGACGUGAACGUAUACCCUGCCCUACCAAAGAUAAGAUCAUAAGGGAAAAAUGUCCACCACCACGCACUUGUUAUCCCUCAUCUUGUUAUGAUUUGCGUCGCUUCCAUAAUGUUUAUGCCGAUGGUGAAUACACGAUCUAUGUAAGAAGUGUACCCAAGAGAAUAUACUGUCAUAAUAUGCAUAAUUCACCGCAAGAAUUUGUCACCUUAAAUUCAACGGAAAACUAUUCGAUAUAUUACGAUUAUAAGAUAACCAAUCCCGACUUGUGUCCACCCGAUUCAUUGCAUCGAGAAUAUCGCGAUGAUACUUUGGAUUCGGGACGUACAACGUUUAAGAAAAUACGCAUUGAUAUUGCCACCUUAAGGGUAUUUGAGAGUGAUUUUACCUUUGCCGAGAGCAUAGGUAGACCGCAGCCAUAUGGUUCGGCGGGAGACUGUUACAAUCGACGUAAACAAUGUCCUCAGGGUGGUUUUUCGAUAAAUCUAGAACAUACCGGUUUUAGACUGAGACAUGGUACUGUAUGGGAACCCAUAGGUCAUCAUGUGGUUAUGAAAGAGUCACCCUCGAAUUCCUUAAUAUCUCAUCGUGCUUUAUGUGGCGGCUGGUGUGGUGGCUGUCGAAUAGGUUCCAAUUCUGCACUUUACUUAAACGUGUGAUUUUACGUCUGCCCUGGACAAAAACUCAGCCUCUCAAAAAGGCGGUUUUCUUUUACAAAUUUUGUAUUUGUUUUGGUGCUAAAACUGCUGUUUUCGACCAGUUUUUUGGCGCUUUUGCGCAAUGAACAACCACGAAAAAAAAACGUCGUCGAAAUUGUAUUUUAUGCAUUUAUUCCUUGAUAACAAAAAGUUCCUUUUGGUCUUUUGUAAGGAUUCUUUUAUAGUUUAAUAACUUUAUAACACAAAAAACACUUAUUAACACAUACAAACACACACACAAUUUUAAACUGAGAAAAAGAGAGAAAUCCUUGUAAUGCCAAAGACUUUUAGGGAUUUUUGAUCAAAAACAAAAAAAAUAUAUCAACACAACAACACACUUUUAUUAAACACUCUUAUUACCACAAACAACCACGAAAGAAAAAAAAUUAAAAAAAAUAUAUUUAAAUGUGAUUAAAUCCAAAAAUAUGAAAACAAAACGAACUUGAAAUGAGGUUAAAAGGCCA